AUGGCGGUCACCGUCUUGCCGGCCAGCUCUCUAACAGAAUCCAUAAAGCAGGCACUUAGCUCAACAACCACCUGCUCCGACGCCACCUUGUUGUCCCUCCAAACACUCCUCCGCGGGUCACCAAAGAUGCCCGAGAAACCUAAACGAUCGACUUCCACACGAGAGCCCGCCACGGCCAGUCGGGGCAGAACCUCACGCGCAACGAAAUCAAAGGCUGUAACCGAUGCUUCAUUGCAGUCCUUGGCCGACGACUCGACCCUGUCGAGCCAGGAGAAGCUAGUCUUUGCUACGGAGGUGUUCAAUGCCACUUUAAAGACCCUCACAGACGCCGCCAAAGUCUCAACAGCUAGGCGCCAGAAUGCCUCUACACAAGAUCCCGAUUCCGGCGUCACGUCCGCAGCCGAAUGCGCCAGACUUGCGCUGUCGACUUUGCGCACACUGAAGAAUGAUACCGCAGGCGACACUUUCCCCAACAUGCAAUUAGAACAAGGACUGUGUGUUCUUGCAGGGAAGCUAAUCACUCUCGGACUGAACGAUCUCGCAUACAAGGAACUCCGACUCCUCAAGCGCAGGAUACAGCAAUACUUGGACAGCGGGAAAGCGGGGAGGAAAGUCGCGGAAUCCAAGGACACAGAGGACGAGAUCGCGAAGGAGCGAAUGUCGGACUUGUUGACAUUUGCCCAUAUCGCGAACGCGAAAACGCCAUACAGCUUGGUCAUCUCUUUCCACUCGAAUGUGUUGCGACUAUUGGCUGCGGAUAAAAGAGCAUCGACGAUACAGAAAGUACUACCUUGCCUGCAAAUAUCCGACUCCAGCAGUCCUGCGCAGGUUAUUUUGGCAGCCUUGAAAUCGGGGCAAUUGACCACGGAUAAGGCUGCUCUCCAGCUGCAGCUACUGUCCAAUGCAGUGCUCUCGCUCUGCGCUGGAACAUCCGUUUCCAAAGACGAGGCUUCCAGUAGCCUCAAGCCAAUCACCUCAUUGAGUUUUCAGCUGCUUUCUCUCGAGGUGCGGUCCAUGAGUUGGAAGCUGUCUGGUCAUGUCUGCGACGAGAGCAAAGAAUUCUUCGAUCCUUUACUUCGUUAUCUCGGCAGCUUCUCGCACCGCAGCAAGGGAAUCGAGAAGGCCGAAUUUGCUCUUAUCUACAAGAAUAUUACCCGGGUGCAGACUUCCAUCGCAGAAACCAAGAAGAAGUCAUCGGAAUCAUCGAACGCCACCCAAGCCGCCAAAUUAAUGACAAUCCUCGGUCAGCUCGCUUUCGACGCCGGCUGUUUCGAUGAAUCCAUGAAGCUUCUUACACAAGCCAUCAACCCACUUUCAAAAACACAGAGCCUUUCAUUAGCAACAGUCCGGUGCAAAAUCGCUUCUGUUCAUUUCCAGGCUUUGAAGACAUCCAAAAAGUUGCUAGGGGCGACAUUGGACUCUAUCUCGGAGGCAACAGCAGCGCUUGGCUUGCAACUAAGAGGUAGCGCCAACGAUCUAGAUGAGCUUCUUGUGGAGGCCGCCAGAUUGAAAAAGGUUGCUCUUGCCUGGUUUGGCGAGGCCGUCACGAAAACCAUCGAAUCCGAGAACCAAAAGAACGAAGUUGCCAGUCAGAUCAGAGAGUAUCUGCAAGCAUUCCUCAGAUUCCUACGACGCUAUAUUGGACGCCAACCGACAGAAGAAAGCGAUGAGAACGAAGUCGAGAUGUUCAACAGCCGUGUUUCGCUUGCGCGGAGCAUCAUUCUUGCUGCUAUUGACUCGGCAGUGGCAGUUGGCAAACUUUCCAUCAUGUCCCAGCGGCCACCAUGGGAAGAUAUGCUACCUAUACUAGCUGACUGCCAACGCUUGCUUUCGGCAAUCGAAUCUUCCGGCGAAGAUACCCCAGAAAACACCGAAAACAUUGGCAUGGCCCUCGUCAAACUUUCGAACCUAUUCUGGUCUCGAUAUAUCAAAGAGAAGGAAUCCGGUCAUGGCUACCGAGAGCUGAUCCCUCUCCUCAAACAUUCAACCCAGCUUCUUGCGAACUGCUCAAGCUCUCACCGGAAAACCGCCUUUGCGGCUCUCAAGUUUGAGAGAAUGGCCCAUCUGUAUGCCGAGGGAAACUACUACAGUGACUCUGACAAGAUGUUCCGCCAUUCUAUCGAUGAAUAUAUCAUCUCUGGCACUCUUCACGAAGUCGUCAAGGGUAGCAGAGGACGAAAUCCAAAUUCAGUGAGCCAGGACCCUCAAACUCCUGGAUUUAUGUUGGGCCGUGUACUUUCCGCCCUCUUGAAGAUGAAACUGCGCAGAAAGGGAUCCCAGCCAUGUUCUGUGUACGACGAUACUGAGCUCGAUUUCGAGCACAGGACUAUCCUUCUAGAAUGGCAAAUGGGCUUGCUUUUUGAUAUGCACAGUCAAUCCUCCAGCGAAGAGCAAUUCCGCUCAAUGCUGGGCCCACUCGUCUCUUCACUUCUCGCGCUCUACCCUUUGGAUCUUCAUCCCAUUCGCCGCUCUCGUCUGAUCCUUUCCUCUUUGCGUUUCCUCCUCGAAAAUCCAACCUCCCUCGGCCCGGAAAUGAGCGAGACCUUGCUGGAAGAAGCAGCAGAGGCUUUGGCCUGCGAUGUUCAAAUCGGAGAAGAUUCUGAUCUGACCCAGUCUGCAAUUCAUGCGCGGAACUCGCUUCAUAUCAUUCUUGGCUUCCACCAAGGUAAGAUUGAUGCAAGUGUAUUGGAUGCAACGCUUGCUUCUUGGACUUCACUGGCUCGCCGGUGUGUCGAUGAAAAGACUUUGCUCCUGAGUGUUAAUGACCCAGACUACUGGGUCCUUCAGUUGAAGGCUCUGGUAGACUACACGGAAAUCCAUGGCCUCUGGAAAGCGCAGCUUUGUACUCUCGAGCUGAUACUGCGUGCUGCAGAGCUCCAACAGUCAGGGGAUAUGUCAGAUGCUAUCAUAAUUCUCUCCCGUUUGGUGUUGCAAAACUGCCGCCUUGGUUACUGCCAAAAGGCAGGUGAGCUCCUCUCGCGUGGCGAGCAAUACAUCGUGCAGAACAAGGUCUCGACUCUUGCUUCCAUCUCUUACAAGGUUGCCCGGGUGGAAUACCUUUUGGAGAACGGAGAAGUUGAAAAGGCUGCCUCUGCUCUUUCCGCCGCUCGGACACUCUAUGAAAAGAGUCACAAAUCCGAGUUGAGCAAAUUGACUAUUCUGUCAAAAAUCUCAUGGGAGAGACUUGUCGCAGAUGCGGCCUUCGUCCAAUCUCGAUUAUUUACCGCGCAAGGCUCAGCCACGCAGGCUCUCUACUUCGCAAAGUUGUCGGUGAGACUGAACUGUCGUAUUUGGGCUAAGGUCGAAAGACUCGCCCAGAAAAAGCAAGACAAGUCCUUGCCCGCCCCUGGAAGCACUGAUGUCGACGCUGUAGCCGACGGAGUCGCCAAACUUGACCUUUCCCAAAACGGGUCUUCGCCUGACGUUUCUGCGACUUACAUUCAAGGAGCACCGUUCUGGCCGCAUCUUGGCUCUCACCACACCUGCUUGCUGAACCUAGCAACCCUCUCUGCCCACCAUGGUCUCUUCCAAGAUGCCAUUUAUUACGGCGAACAAGCGCUCAAGAUUGACAAGACCCUUGACGCAAAUGCGCGUUUACUCGCAGCGCAAACCCAGCUUGGAUGUCACUGGGUCCUUAGUGGCCAUCUAAACGAAGGCCAGGAUCAUCUUUCUGCUGCUGCUGAGUCUUCCAAACAGACCCAGAAAAGCAUUGAGACCGUCUCGUUCCAGAUGGCACUUGCUUCUCUGUACAAGAUUCAAGGUGCACACGAGAAAGCAUUCCGCAUUCUUCUCGAGGCGGAAAAGAUUGUCGCAUCUGUGACAUCUGCAGACACACCGGCCACUUUGGCGGCUUCGGCUGUUUCAGAACUGGAGGAUAAGAUGGACAAGCUACGAGUCAGGACCAGCAGUCGGCGAACUCCAACCCCCACCACAACUACCACCCGACGAACCCGGGCAACUAGCUCCGCGGCCAGUAAAGCAACAACAAAGAAAAUCCCAGCUCCGAAACCUACUCCCCCAGAGGUCCAAUCCAAAACCAUUACUCAACUCAAGGGCAACAUCCUCAGGCAGCAAGCUGACUGUCUACGAGAACUACGCGACUUUGAACGCUCAGCGCAGACCCUUGCCGAGGCAAGAAAGUUUGCCGUUGCUCGGGAAAGCAAGAUCACUCUGGAAAUUGGCGAAAGCGAGCAUCUCUUAGCUGACGCAAUCCGUCAUUUCGCCAGCCAUGCCGUCUACUGUGUCCUACCUGAAUCUACAAUCUCAUUACCAUCGCUCAAAUCGCCGAGCAAGACGGCAGAUGAACCCCCUGUGCCUGCAAAGAAAGCCUCGACAAGGCGGGCCAAGGCACCAGCUAAGACUGCCCGCACCAAGGCUCAAAAAGCGAACGAGGACUUCUCGGUGAUGUUGUCAAAGGCGAGUGAUUGCCUUGCCAGCGUGUUUUCUGAUGCGACGAUUCUUGGUUCAACACUCGAUGGCCACGCAGUGUCCCGUCUGAUGAGCCGGAUAUCGAUGUUGUCGCAUGCGACUUCUCCUGGUAUUCCAGCCAACUUAACCCAGUCACCUGCAAACAUGAAUGAAAUCGGCCGCGUUGGUGCAUUUGCUCGCGAAAGCAUGGCGAUUGAUAUCGAUCGUCAAUUGGCUGACCAUGCUGAUCCUCUUCUUUGGCCAACCUCGUUCCCUUCAGCCAUUGAUCUGGACGAUGCUCUCUGUUCCAACUUCACUCAAGAUUACGUGGACAUUCUGCCCGAAAGCUGGAAUGUUCUUUCCCUGUCUCUCAGCGCAGACCAGACAGAAUUUGUGGUCUCGCGACUACAGAAAGAUCGCUCUCCAUUCCUUCUACGCCUUCCUCUCCACCGAGGAAACUCGGAGGAUGACGAGGAAGAGCAGUUCACUUUUGAAGACGGUAAAGAGGAGAUGUGCGAACUGAUCAAGUUGGCCAAUGAGAGUGCUCACGCAGCCAAGUCUAACACAGACAAGGUCUCCAAGAAAGAAUGGUGGAAAACCCGCGAAGCACUUGAUCGCCGAAUGGAAAGUGCUCUACAGAAUGUCGAAAACAUCUGGUUUGGUGGCUUCCGCGGUGUGUUCUCACCACUGUCGCAAGAGACCAAUGCUCUGGCCCGAUUUGCCGGUGUUUUCCAGGGUAUUCUGGACAAGCAUCUCCCUUCUCGACAGAAGGGCGGCAAGGCUGAUGGGCCACGAUUGACCCUCCAUCAGAACGUGGUUGACUUGUUCGUUGGGCUUCGCGACCUGGAAGAACAGGAAGAGCCCGAAGACACUUUGAUGGAUCUUCUUUACUUUGUUGUGGAUAUUCUUCAAUUCCAAGGCGAGCGUAACGCCUACGACGAGAUCGACUUCGACAUGAUGGUUGUCGACACCCUGGACGCGCUGCGCAGUUAUCACGAAGCUGCGCGCGAGGAGCUCGCAGCACGACCACCCAAGCACACGGUUCUCGUCUUGGAUAAAGCUCUUCAUCUUUUCCCAUGGGAGUCGCUUCCUUGUCUACAGGGAUACCCUGUUUGCAGAGUUCCCUCAUUGGAAUGCCUGCGAGAUCGAAUUCUGCAAUUCCGCAAAUCCCCAUCCGGGGCUGUUGUGGACCGAAAGUCUGGCUCAUUUGUCCUGAACCCAACUGGCGAUUUACGUUCAACCCAGACCACGUUCGAAAAGGAUCUCUCCAAGUUCAAGUCGUGGAAUGCUAUUGUGCAGCGCGAGCCAACCGAAGAUGAGUUCCGCGACUCGCUAGAAAAGAAGGACCUGUUCCUUUACUUUGGCCACGGCAGUGGAGCGCAGUAUAUCCGUGGCCGCACUGUCAAACGACUCACUCAGUGUGCUGUUGCGUUCCUUAUGGGAUGUAGCAGUGGCAGCUUGACUGAAGCCGGGGAGUAUGAGCCGUACGGCACCCCGAUGAACUAUCUUCAUGCGGGCAGCCCGGCACUGGUUGCUACACUCUGGGAUGUGACGGAUCGUGAUAUUGAUCGAUUUACCACGACUACAUUUGACGAAUGGGGACUUGUUGAGAAGAAAGACUCUGAGAGACGUGUGGAUAUUGGACUUGAUACGGCUAUUGCGCAGUCCCGAGGUGCCUGUGUGUUGAAGUACCUCAAUGGUGCAGCACCAGUUAUCUACGGCGUGCCUGUGUUCCUGGAAUGA